CGCAGGUCGAAGUGGAAGCGGUUGACACCAAUUAAACUCGACAAUUAUUAAAAUGGCGAUCACUAAAAAGCUGUUGGCAGUUGUUCUGCUAUUAGCCUGUUUGGUCGCCGAUCCGGUGUCUGCUGUUUGCACAUUUAAUUUGGAUACGUCGUCACCGACUUACCCACCUCAUUUCGUGGACUCGUCCAACAACAUCAUCCAGCCAACUCUCAAAAAUGGGGUCCGGACAAUCACGCUAGCUGCUAGUCAGACAAUCACGGUGGCUUGCGAAGGUACCAACAACUUUUUGAUCGCCACCGACGCCCAGUUCAAUUCGGGCAAAUGCGCCACUGCGGGCACGAACCUCCAGAUCGGCACGCAGAAUUUGGGCUACAGUUCAUUAGGAUGCAACGCCGUCGUCAAGGAGACCAUCAAAGAGACGGGCACCUGCUCGACAACCGGCACCAAGAUCGAAAUCGGUUGGCAAGUCAACAGCGCCUACAUCAAUCAGCUGACCGUCUGCCACGUCCAGUCCAACGACAACACCCUCUACGCUGUUCACACCAUUUACGGCGCCAACGCCGCCGCCGACGAUAAGGACAACGCCCGUCCGUCAUUCCGCAAAGGCAAUUAUUUCGUCGGCGUCGAUGUCGAAACGGCCUACAGCCAAGAUGGCCAGUUGGUCACCGUGUCCGAUAUCGUCGGUUCCAGCACUCUAGGAGCUCAGUACAUUGACACUACCAAGAGUUACUAUUUCGCCCGCGGUCAUUUGGCGCCGGAUGGUGAUUUUAUCGACGCCGGAAGUCAGGACGCCACUUAUUACUACAUCAAUGCUGCCCCGCAAUGGCAAUCGUUUAAUAAUGGCAACUGGAAAGCGCUGGAAUUUGGAACUCGAGACUUGGCCAUUAGCCGAGUCAUCGAUGUGGUGGUUUACACCGGCACUUUUGAAACCCUGACGCUGGCCGACGUCAAAGGCGUCCAAAAGCCAAUCUAUUUGGCUACAGAUGGUAACAACAACAACGUCCUUCCGGCUCCUAAAUAUUACUGGAAGGUGGUCCACGAUCCGGCCAGCAACAAAGCCACGGCUUUCAUCGGCAUCAACAAUCCGCAUUUGACGACGGUCACAGGAGCCGACAUUUUCUGCACGGAUGUCUGCAGUCAGGUGGGAUGGAUGAGCUGGUCCAACCGAUUCGACAUCCCCAAGGGUUACAUGUUCUGCUGCACGGCGGCCGGCUUGCACAACGUCGUUGCUCACGCACCAAACUUGGGAAGCAUCGGCUUGUUAGUCUAAGCACGUUGCCGGAAUUUACAUCAUUCCAGCAGCGCCCAGACACCCGCAGUUUCAGUUCAAAGCAUCAGUGCAUUUCUGUUAUCUUGUUAUGUACCGCCAUUCUUUACGUAUACACGAGAGUAUUAGUCUAUUAGAAUAAAAAGCAACACGUAUAUUCAUGUCA